AUGCUGAAGAUUCCUGGACUAGAGAGGCUGGACAGGUAUGAAAGUGACCACUCGGUAGUGGGUAAAAAAAUUUGUUCGGAUGAAGAUGGGAAUGGUAGUAGGAGGAACGUGGAAAAAGAAAGUCGUAAUGGCUUUGGUGGGAAUAUAGAGGAAGAAAAAAGCAGAAAAAGACAGAGAGGUGUACUACAGUUUGAAUGGAGUAACAGUGAAGAUACAUUUUUAUUAGGUUCAAAUGACUUGUAUAUGAAUAGAUUGAAUUUGGAGAAAAUGUUUAAUGAAAGAAACAUGAAAAAAAUAUCGAGAAAAGAAGUCGACAAUGAGAAGAAUAAUAAACAUGAAUUAGGAGACGAUGAAUUUUUGAAUGAAAAGCCGAGUUUAGGUUACUUUGAAAUGGCUGAGAGAGAUUGGAAGAUAUUUAGAGAAGAUUACUCAAUUAAUGUACGUGGCAAGGAUGUUCCAAAUCCAAUACGUAAUUGGGAAGAUUGCUAUGCUUUACAAAUACACAAAGAAUUAAUUAGAAAUAUUGGGUAUGAAAAACCGACUCCAAUUCAAAUGCAGUGUAUUCCUAUUGGACUAAAACUUAGGGAUAUGAUAGGAAUUGCAGAAACUGGGAGUGGUAAGACCAUUGCAUUUCUAAUUCCAUUAAUUUGUAAUGUAGGUAAUAAGCCUGCUCUUGAUUAUAAAACGAGCCAGGAAGGACCUUAUGGACUUAUUCUUGCUCCAGCUCGAGAGCUAGCAUUGCAAAUUGAUGAUGAAGCUCAAAAAUUACUAUCUAAGGCUAAUGAAUUAAAAAGAAUACGUACUUUAGCUAUUGUUGGAGGAAGGAAUAUUGAUCAACAGGCAUUUUUACUCAGAAAAGGAGUGGAGAUUAUUGUUGCUACUCCGGGUAGGAUGCAAGAUUGCCUCGAAAAAGCAUUGACAGUAUUGGUACAAUGCUCAUAUGUUAUAUUAGAUGAAGCUGAUAGAAUGAUUGAUUUGGGAUUUCAAGAUUCUCUUAACUUUAUUCUGGACCAAAUACCCACAGAAAUUCAAAGGACCACACACAUGUUUAGUGCUACUAUGCAAAAAGAACUUGAAAACAUCGCAAAACGGUACCUUAAUUCACCAAUUAAUGUUACUAUUGGAGAUAUCGGUACAGGAAAAAAGUCAAUUCAACAAAUACUCAACUUUAUUAGUGAAAAUAAAAAGAAAUCUACGUUAAUUAAUACUUUAAAUAAUAAGGAAUUGGCAGUACCACCAAUUAUGGUUUUUCUUAACCAAAAAAAGAUGGUUGAUAUAGUAUGUAGAGAAAUUGUAUCUCAUGGGUUUAAGGCAACUUCUUUACAUGGUGGAAAAAUGCAGGAAGUUAGAGAAAAUAGUCUCAAUUUAUUUAAAAAUGGAGUAUUUGAUAUUCUGGUAUCUACUGAUGUUGCUGGGCGUGGAAUUGAUAUUAAUAAUAUUAAUCUUGUCAUUAAUUACGAUUUUCCAAAAUCCAUUGAUACUUAUACUCAUCGUAUUGGAAGAACCGGGAGAGCAGGCAAAAAUGGCGUUGCUAUUUCUUUCAUUACACCCGAAGAUUCAGGAUUAUUUCCUGAACUCAAAAAAAUCCUUUUAUCUUCAAAUAAUCCGAUUCCAAACGAGCUUAAAAAUUAUUAA